CGCCCGCCCGGCCCCGGCCCCCAGGAGGAGGCGCUGACGCAGCAGCGUGGAGCCCGGGAAUUGAGCGCCCCCGGGGGGUUCCAGCCGCCGGAUUCCAGCCCGGCCGGGGCCUGCGGGAGCCCAGAGCCGCGCCGUCCGCGCCACCGUCCCGCUUGGAGGUACUCCAUGACACACACUCGGAGGAAGUCUCUUUCCAUGCUGAGUUCGGGCCCCACGGGCCGCCAGGAGCCCCUGCAGAUGGAAGGCAGCAGUAUGGAGCAGGGGGCAGAGGGUGUGGAGCCAGGUCCUCCUGAGAGCCCAGGGCACCUCACGGGGCGUCGCAAGAACUACCCACUGCGGAAGCGCCCUUUAAUUCCCGAGAAGCCCAAGGCCUGCAAAGUGCUGCUGACCCGCCUGGAGAAUGUGGCUGGUCCACGGAGUGCAGAUGAGGCUGAUGAGCUGCCCCCCGACCUGCCCAAGCCCCCUAGCCCGGCCCCAUCCAGUGAGGACACUGGCCUCCCCCAGCCCCGCAAGCGGCGCCUGGCCUCCCUCAACGCCGAGGCCCUCAAUAACCUGCUGCUAGAGCGGGAAGAGACCAGCAGCCUGAUGGGCACCCGCCGCAGCCGAGGGGGAGACCCGCACCGCAGCCGGGACCGUGAUCGGGCCACUGGAGGCUGGGCCUCCUCCAAGAAGCGGCCUCGGCUGGGGGACCUCGGAGGAGGAAGUCGGGACCUGUCCCCAGAGCCAGCACCGGAUGAAGGGGCCCGCCGAGAUGGUGAUCCAGCUCCCAAGAGACUGGCCAGCCUGAAUGCAGCUGCCUUCCUAAAGCUGAGCCAGGAGCGGGAGCUACCCCUGCGGCCGCCUCGUGCCCACCCAGAAGCAGAUGGGCACUCCACUGAGCCACCAGCACUGAGGGCCCCAAGGCCAAAGUGGGCCAAGGUCAAUGGCAAGAACUAUCCCAAGGCCCGACAGGGGGCUGGCUCUGGGGAGGCUGCAGGCCCACCCGGCUGGCAAGGACACCCCGAGGAGCCAUGGCCAUCUGCCACCCCUCAUGGGCCAUCCAGCCAGCCACCUUACCAGCCCCUGAACGAGGCUCUGGAGAGCCCCUUGGGGCUGCGCCCUCACCUGCCCCUGCUGAUGGGUGGGCAAGCAGCCUUGAAGCCGGAGCCCGGGCGCCCAGGCGAGGAGUCACCUGCCCCCAAGCAGGAACUGCACCAGCCCUCUUUCCCCGCACCCCAGCUCUCCCCACUACCGAUGCCUGGCAACCCCGCCGACUACAGUGGCCUGUGUGGUGGGCCUGAGCUCACUGCACUAGGCAGCUUCUACCUGUACUGCAGCCAGGCAGGGCUGCGGUGUGGGGGCUACUCCUCCUGCUCUGUGCUCCCCGAGGGCAAGCUGUCCCCAGUGGCUGCAGCUAACGCGGGGCUCCUCUUGGCCCCGAGCUCAGUGCCCGCUGCGGGCACCCACUUCCAGCACCCUCCGUGGGGUUCUCGCUACUGCUCCAGUGAGGAUACUGGAGUGAAUGGCUACAGCAUCUGUGAAAUGUUGCCCCCGUCUCUUACCCACAUCGGCACUACCUGUGGCGGCUGCCCCUACAAAAUGCCUUUUGCAGCAGAAGGCUGCAGGUCCCUGGGCCAGCUGGAAUUUCCUCUCCCGGAAGCCGGCCACCCUGCCUCACCUGCCCACCCCCUCUUGGGAUGCCCUGUGCCCAGCGUGCCACCUGCAGCAGAGCCUGUCCCCCAUCUUCAGACACCCACCUCGGAGCCCCAGACGGUAGCUCGCGCAUGCCCUCAGAGCGCCAAGCCUCCUAGCGGCUCCAAAUCAGGUCUGCGCACGGGCUCCAGCUGUAGGCACACUGCGCGGAGCAAGGCUGCCCGCAGGCCCAGCCACCCCAAGCAGCCUCGUGUCCAGCGCCCACGUCCCCGUCGCCGCCGCCGCCGCCGCACUAACGGCUGGGUGCCCGUUGGGGCUGCCUGUGAGAAAGCCGUCUAUGUCUUGGAUGAACCGGAACCAGCCAUCCGAAAGAGCUACCAGGCGGUAGAGCGGCAUGGAGAGACGAUCCGAGUCCGGGACACUGUCCUGCUCAAGUCAGGCCCUCGAAAGACGUCCACACCUUAUGUGGCCAAGAUUUCUGCCCUCUGGGAGAACCCGGAAUCAGGAGAGCUGAUGAUGAGCCUCUUGUGGUAUUACAGACCAGAGCACUUACAGGGAGGCCGCAGUCCCAGCAUGCACGAGCCUUUGCAGAAUGAAGUCUUUGCAUCGAGACAUCAGGACCAGAAUAGUGUGGCCUGCAUUGAAGAGAAGUGCUACGUGCUGACCUUUGCUGAGUACUGCAGAUUCUGUGCCAUGGCCAAGCGUCGAGGCGAGGGUCUCCCCAGCCGAAAGACAGCACUGGUGCCCCCCUCUGCGGACUACUCCACCCCGCCACACCGCACAGUGCCCGAGGACACGGACCCUGAGCUGGUGUUUCUUUGCCGCCACGUCUAUGACUUCCGCCACGGCCGCAUCCUCAAGAACCCACAGUAGCCCCCUCACGCCCACUCUGGGGCUGCCCACGGGCAAGUGGGGUUCAGGGCAGGGGGCACUGCUUGAAGCACAGCACUUGGUUAAGGGGCCACAGGAGCCUGAGGUGGCUAGCCUGUGGUUCUCUUGUGGGGGGAGGGCGGGGGCCCCUAUGGGUUUGGGCCCUAUGGGAGGGAAGGGGAGGCCAGGGUAUAAGAAAAGCAUCAGAGCCCUCAGCUUGGCCCAGGGUGCCUCUCUGUGGUCCCCUGGGCAGAGGCUCCUGAAGAAGCAGUCUUCCCUGAGGCUGGGCCAAGCCUUAGGGGCAUGGCCCCUGCGGGGAUUGGGGGAAGGUCCUUCAGGAACCAGGCCCUUCUUUAUCCUCCCCUGGGCCCUUCAGGGGGGAGUGGGAGCCAGCUUUACCUCACCCACUGUGACCCGCUGCUUCCCCAUUAGCCUGGGACCAGGCUCUCCCAGAUUUUAGCACAGCUCUGAGCUCAUUCCUUUGAGGCCUAGGGAGCCAAAGUCUGACUCCCAGAGCAUUGACUUUCUCUUCCUGGACUUGGGGCCUUUCUCUGGCAUUCCUCCUUUGCCCCUGCAGUAGCCCCUGGUGCUGGGACAAGUUACCAGCCCUCGCAGUCAUGGGUGUGGCCCCCUGGUGGGAGUCAGCUUCCUGUCCACCUCCUGGUGAAGGCCACCCAGCAGGUCUGGCCUCCCAGAAAUUAACUGAUCAACAUGGGGUUUGUCAUGUCUGGGAGAGCAGAAGGGAGCUGGGAGGGGGUGGGGGCAGGGGGCAAGGAAAAUUGCUACCUGAUUUAUUGAAGAUUUUUCCUCUUGCCUUACACUUGGGAGGUUUAGGAAACCUCUUGCAGAACUUCACACAUGACUUUUCAAGCCACACCCACCUGAAAUCAAACCAAAGGAGUGCUGUGGCUCCCCUUGCCCUGCCACCUCUUACCCUAGUCUUUUGUAGAUUGCACUAAUUUACAUCCCAGCGAGAAUCAACACUGUAUCAGUCCACAGACCUGCUGAGCUGCAGCCACUCACUCUAGGAGCUACGGACCUGCAUUUUCAGUUUGUUCCUGUUGCCCAGGGGCCCUGUUCUCACCUCAUGCUGCUCCCCAGAGUAGAUUAGGAGACUCAGCCCCCUGCUAUACUUGCCAGAACUAGGCCCUGGCCCUGGGGCACUCUGUGUGGCGGCUGGAGCAGUCUGGUUCUUUCCUAUAUGUACCAAAGAGGAGCCUGGUGGGGAGAGGGAGUGUGGCUGGGCCAGUGC